UCCGGGGAAAUUUCAACACACUAACUAACACUCUGAUAAAAGCAUCAAAAUGUUAGAUUUCUUUACAAUUUUUAGUAAAGGAGGCAUUGUCCUUUGGUAUUUUCAAGGAACAUCGCAGCUUUUUACUGCUCCAGUCAAUUCUUUGAUCAGGAGUGUCAUUUUACAGGAGAGAAGUGGAAGUAACCAGUUCACUCACGAGGCUCUCACGCUCAAGUACAAGCUCGACAAUGAGUUCGAACUGGUGUUUGUUGUUGCUUACCAGAAGAUACUGCAGUUAUCCUACGUAGACAAGUUUCUGGACACAAUACAGUUGGAAUUCAGGAAUAAAUACAAGGAUGACCUGCAGAAUGGGGCAAUUUCUGGAAGUUUUGAUUUCAGGGCUGACUUUGACAGGAUUUUGUUUGAUAUAGAGCAGGAGACAAGAAAGCAAACACAGAAAGGAAGGGUGAUGAAAACAUUUGAAGAAUCUGAUAAGUCGAGGAAGACGGUUAAAUCAAUGAUAGAAAACAAGAAGGAAGAUAACAACAAGAAACCAGCGAAGGGCAAGGAAAACAAACCUGUGAAAGCAGCCCCUGUGCAGAGCUCCCCUAAGCCUGCCCCCACAGUCCCCAUGGCAACAAGUAAUCUGAGCAACGGGGAACUGGAUGAGGAGACGAUCAGGCAGAACCUUGUGAAAAAAUUUGGAGCAAAGAAGAAGACACCGAAAGCUGAACCAAAGAGCCCAGAUGGUGGUAAAAAGAAGGGCAAGGUCGGCACCAAGUGGGAGAUGGGCGGUACAUCGAAAGACUUGGAAACGCUGGAUUUCAACAAGGGGACUGGGGACAACAUGAAUGGGCAGGUCAAUGUCAAGGAUGAGGAGCUGCAGCAGGUGGGUACAAUGGGUGGGGAACUGAAGAACAUAGAGACUGACUCGGAGAGUGAGGAGGAAGAGGAGGAGGAGGUCACACAGACUGCCAGCACAAAGAAGUCUGAGGGCAAGGGCAUGUUUGGGAUGUUUAAGAACCUGGUCGGCUCCAAGAUGCUUUCACAUGAAGACCUUCAGCCCGUAUUGGAAAAGAUGAAAGAACAUCUAGUUUCUAAGAACGUGGCUUCAGACAUUGCCCAGAAGCUGUGUGACUCCGUCGCUGUUAAACUGGAGGGAAAAACCCUGGGAACAUUCAGCAGUAUCAGUACGACAGUGAAGACAGCCCUUAAUGAGUCGUGCCUGCAGAUCCUGAGACCACGGAGACGUGUGGACAUUCUCCGUGAUGCCAUGGAAGCCAAACAGAAUCGACGCCCGUAUUGCAUCACCUUCUGUGGGGUCAAUGGUGUCGGAAAGAGCACAAACCUUGCCAAAAUCUGUUUUUGGCUGGUAGAGAAUGGAUUCCGUGUAAUGAUUGCAGCGUGUGACACGUUCCGCGCAGGUGCUGUGGAACAGCUCAGGACCCACACACGCAAGCUGAACGCUCUCCACCCACCAGAGAAACAUGCUGGGCAGCAGAUGGUACAGCUGUACGAGAAGGGAUACGGGAAAGAUGCGGCCGGGAUAGCCAUGGAGGCAAUAAACUUUGCUCGUGACUGCCAUAUUGAUGUGGUUCUUGUGGACACCGCUGGUCGGAUGCAGGAUAAUGAACCACUCAUGAGGGCACUUGCUAAGCUAAUUAAGGUGAACCAGCCGGACCUUGUGUUGUUUGUCGGUGAAGCGCUGGUGGGUAACGAGGCAGUUGACCAACUGACCAAGUUUAACCAGGCGCUGGCAGACCACUCAAACAUGACCAACCCAAGACUCAUCGACGGCAUCAUCCUGUCCAAGUUUGAUACCAUUGAUGAUAAGGUGGGAGCUGCCAUUUCCAUGACAUACACGACGGGCCAACCAAUCGUGUUUGUGGGAACUGGUCAGACAUACACAGACCUGAGAAAUCUCAACGCUAAGGCUGUUGUGCAUGCUCUUCUGAAGUAGAGCCCACAAUACACAAGAAGAAGAAACAACCUUACACCACAAAAAGAGACUCUGUUUAACAUUAGGAUGAGGAUGGUUUGAUUCAAGUGUUUAACUUUACAACUUUCUUGUUAAAGCAAAUUUUAAUUUCUGACACCUUUAACCUUAAAGCUUUAUUCAAACUGUUGGCAUUUGUUUGCAAUUGUAAAAAAAUAUUAAGGAUUAAGCGCAGUUGAUAAACAAAAAUGGAAAUGAAAAAUGAAAUAAAACCCCAGCAAUCUUUGUACUUUUUUAUGCAUGAUUCAUGCUGAAAGUGUUCAUAUUUUUUAUGUAAAAUAUUGAUGAGUGAGCUCUAGCCAAAUUGUAC